CUCUACUAUACAAGGGUCGACCAUUCAGUCUUCAAGAAAUAGGAGCGCCUCAAUACUUUCCUCUCGCCCGUUGGUGAAUAUAAUUGAGCAGUCUACUGUGAUUUCUACUGUUUGCGACUACACAGCAAAAUGGAGAUGCUAAAGAGAGCGAUAUAUGGACCAGAUCCGGCCGAGCAGAUGCGAAAGUGCAACAGUCUGUUACGGAAAAACGAGCGUCAACUGGAGAAGCAGGUUACAAGUCUGGCGGGUCUCGAAUCGAAAACAAAGUCGAUGAUCAAGCAAGCUGCAAAACGUGGCGAUGUAUCAUCUGCCCGGAUUUUGGCCAAGGAGCUGUACCACGUUCGACAACAGCGCUCGAGACUAUUCAAGUCGAAGGCACAGCUACAGUCGGUAGGUAUGCAAGUUCGGGAAGCAUUCGCAGUCCGCAAGAUCCAAGGAAGUAUGAAGGCCAGUACCGGCAUAAUGAAGGACGUCAACACACUAGUACGCAUGCCGGAGCUAUCAGGUACUAUGCGCGAGCUGAGCCAGGAGCUCAUGAAGGCUGGAAUAAUGGACGAGAUGGUCGGCGAUACGCUUGAUGGUUUAGACGAGGCAGAUGAUACUAUGGAAAUGGAAGCCGAUGCCGAGGUAGAUGCUAUUCUCUCAGAAAUUACCGGUGGCAAGCUGGGACAGGCAGGUGCUGUACCAGACAGCGUACCGGCCGAGGCCGAGGAAGAAGAGGAAGAGGAGGCCGAUUUAGACAGUAUGCGCGAGAGACUACGGGCGCUGCAGAGUUAGUGGACUGGUUUCUGAUGUUCAAUCUACAAGUAAUACACAUGGCAUAUCAAGCAUAAUUAGUCCAUUUUCAG